AUGGGGUUUUGUUUGGUUUAUUCUUAUGAAAUAAAAUUCCAUUUUUUAGGAAAUCUUUGGACAGUUUUUUGUUGUGGCUUUGGAAAAGGUGUUUCUAGAGGUUUGGGUGUAGCUGCAACAAUUAUGUCAAAAAUGGGUUAUCGAGAAGGUUCUGGACUUGGAGCUAAAGAACAGGGGAUUAGUAGAGCAUUACAGGUCCAAAGAACUGGAAGAAAUGUUGGUUUAAUUGUUGGAGAAGAAAAAGCCUCUGCUGUGUUUACAAAUUUGUUGAAGGGAAUGAUGAUGAUGGGAGAGGAGGAUUAAUUUUCUACAUUUUGGACAACAAAGCAAUUCCCGACAACACCAACAGCGACAACAGCAAGUGGACACAUGAUGGAUUUUGAUGUGCCCUGGAUUUUUGCUGUUUGAGAAGAUGUGAUGUGAGCAACGAAGAUAAAGAACAAACUAAU